UUGCAUAUUAACCUUUGAACCCAACUCUCAUAACGUGGCUGCCGUUGGUUUGUUGCUAGACAGGACGAUCACCAAGAUGGAUUCCUUCAGGUUGAAAGGCUGCGGGUAUUUAGUUUCUUCAACAGUUUUCUUGCUAUGUUGUGUGGUAUGCCAUACAAAUCAGCAAGCCACUGUGGAUCUAAUGGACUCCAACAUGGACAACAUUCUGCAGCACAAUGACAUUGUCUUUGUCAACUUCUAUGCCAAUUGGUGUAGAUUCAGUCAGAUGUUGAAGCCUAUCUUUGAGGAGGCUGCUAAAGUUGCCCAACAAGAGUUUCCCGGUCAGGGGCAGGUUGUCUUUGGAGGCCUUGACUGUGACAAAUAUCCGGCCCUUGCCAAGAAGUACCACAUAUCCAAGUACCCGACCCUGAAGUUAUUCCGAGGAGGUCAGCUUGCUAAACGGGAGUACAGGUCACAGAGGUCAAAGGAUGCUUUCGUCUCGCAUAUCAGGGACAACCUGAAGGACCCGUUGGUCAAGCUCACAAACCCAGAUGAAGUACCAAAUCUAGAUGAAAGCAAGCGUAAGGUUAUUGGUUAUUUCAAGAGCUACGAGGAUGCUGAGUAUACUGCCUUUAGAAGGGUAGCGAGCAGUCUACGAGAUGACUGCUCCUUCUUUGCUGGGUCAGGAGAAGCUUUCAGUAAAGAGUUAGCACCAGGAAACAGUAUCAUGUAUCGACCUCCAAGGUCUAUAGAUCAAGACAUGCUAUUUAUGGGAUCCAUGACCAAUGUUGAACUUCUGAGAGCUUGGUCCACUGACAAAUGUAUUCCACUUGUUCGAGAAAUCACAUUUGAAAAUGGAGAGGAAUUAACGGAGGAAGGACUACCUUUCUUAAUUCUAUUCCACAAGCCAGAGGAUACAGAAGUAGUCAGACAAUACAAUGAUAUGAUUUUAAGAGAGCUUAUAUCAGAAAGGGGGAACAUGAAUUUCUUGACAGCUGAUGGCACAAAGUUCACGCACCCCUUACACCAUUUAGGGAAAACCCCUAAAGACCUGCCAGUUAUAGCUAUAGACAGCUUCAGACAUAUGUAUCUCUUCCCUAAUAUCGCAGAUGUACCGGUACCGGGCAAGCUGAAGCAGUUUGUGUUAGACCUCCACUCAGGCAAACUCCAUCGAGAGUUUCACCAUGGCCCUGACCCAGCGAUCCAGAAGACAGUACCAGGCUCACCCAAGACCGUCAUUGACACUGACCAAACCGAUCCUCCCGAAAGCCAGUUUGUAAAGCUCAUGCCCAGUGAAAAUAGGUACUCAUUCCGGGACGAGCUUUGAGAACGGCCUUCCUUUUGUCAUGUCCUCUAAUCCACUCUGUGAUUUCUAUUUUUACAACAUUUGCACAACAAAAACUAGGACAUUCAGGAGGGGACUAUUCUUCCUAUUUUUUAGGAAUGCUUUCUGUAGUACCCCCUAAAUUUUACUGUAGUUAAGAUACGAGCAUAUGAAUAUUCUCAUUAUUAUUCAGAGAUCUGAAUGUAUUUUGAUAUGAUAACAUGGAUUAGCCCGAUUGAUCAGCAGAUUCAUCUUGAUUAAUGAACCUACACGUAUUUAAGCAUUGAGCAUUGAGCAUGGGUUUUAAUUUUGUGAUUACACUAGGACCCACCUUCUAAAGAGUUGCAUUCCUACUCAUUCUCAAAUUAAGUUGUGAUCUAUUUGAAUCAAUUGCAACUCCUCAGAAGAUGAGGCUCUUAUCUAACACCAAACAUGAAUUCAACCAGAGUUGUUUGGUCAGUCUCAGAUAUUUGACACGUAAUGCUUGCGGGACCUGUUACCUCUCGUGUACAAAGCCUGGCUAUCGAUGUUAAAAUCUGAUCGACAUAUUACAGUGUAUGCCAUGGUGUGUGAUUGACAUGCCCUUUUACUGACAGGCUUAAAGAGAAGGUUGAGUUCUGGGAAGAGGUGAAAAAUAAUUUGUGAGCGUUAUCAUUGUAUUAUGCAAGUGUGGAAGAACAUCAGAUAAAAAAUGUUCCCUGAAAAGCAUGGCUCUUCAAAUGCCUUAAUAUUCUAAAUAUGGCAUGUAACAUCAUAAAAAUCGAGACAGAUUUUUAUGCCACAUGUUCAUGUAGUCCCAUAUACAUCUUUCUGUGUACAGUGCUUGUAACUUUACCAGGACGGGCCUAAUUGCUUAUCAAUUUGAUGAGUCCAGAACAUUGCAGUACACACCAACACUUAUAUGCUAGACGAUCAACCUUUUUUCUGAUGGAUUCCACAACGUUUCUUUCACAAUGCAAUCGCAUGACCAGAACUCAACUUUAUCUUUAAAUUUGAUUCUGAUGUCCAGAAAACGAGAAACUCUGGCACACUUCAGGGUAGUUGCAUAAUGUACCAAACCUCUCCCCCAAAAUACUCACAAGGCACAACAAAACUUCGAGAUUCCCAUAUGCUGCAAACACUUACCAUAACUUGAGAAAUUACCUGAUUCAUUAAAUUUUUAUUUUAAGUUUUGUCACUUGGAAGUGUUUUCAACAUUCACUAGAUUUUGAAGGAAAGUAAGGAAUUAUUCUGAUUCAUCAUUAUUUUGAAAUGGUAGAUGACAGAAAUAAGUGGGAAAAUAUCUGUGUUUGUUUGCAAACCGAAGCCUGCGUUGUUUAUAUUCAAACUGUCUUUCCGUUUUUGAAACACAUAGACACUAAAUUUAUUCUCGUUAUCUUUUGUCAAGCAAUAAAAUGAUGUGAUAUCUUUUUUUCCAUUAGAGAUGUACUGUUGCAUGCAUUUUAGAGUUUGUAUAUAUUUGGAAUAUUAUCUUUGAUUUUGUUGUAUUCUCAAAAUUAUGACACAAAUAUAAGACACAAAGAGUCAUUUUUAUCAAGCACUACAUAUUUAAAUUUCAAGGGCUUCAAAAUUGUGUUCAAGUAAUUUGUAGCAAAUGCAGCAGAUAUUUGUAUUUGGUAAUUAUUAUCCUUUUCAGCUGUUUGAUGCAAGAGCUGAAGUCUGUUUCUCACAGUCAUGCACAUACUACAUAUCCAGCUUGUGGUAUGAAUAAAUUCUCUAAGUACCGGUAGUUUCAAUGUUUGACUCAGAGAUGGCACAAAGAUAAUGAUUACAUUAGAAAUGUGUCGAUUUAUCGUAAUUUUUUAGGACUUUGUAAAAGGUAGUGAUUCUUAUACAUGUACACAUUCUUUGAGGCACUUUAGGCUGUGUACUGUGUUCAUAGGGAAUUCCUGAAGAAGCAGGAGCAUGAUAUACUGAUAUAAAUAAAAAUUUACUGUACUAAGCUUUUAUUUGAAGGAGUAGGGGCAGAGUCAGGUUCUCCCCCUCUGCGAUAAGUCUGGGGUGCAGAACUCUACUCGUAUGAAUCCAUACGAUACACAUGGACUUGAACAACAGCUUACAAGUUUUAUGUUUGCGAUAAAUAUGGCACAAAAUAUUCCACCCCAAGCCUAUGAAGGUCUGAUUGAAGAGAGAAAUCAGACCAGGGUCCUGAAGAUAAGAACUGACACACAAUUAAUAUUUAAAAUCUAUUUUGUCUUCAGACUUGCUGCCAUUACCUGUAUCGGAAGGUGCAGUGUAUCUGGCUGUGACAUCAAAUCAAUUGUAGCCUAAGCACUUGCUAUUGGUCGAACCAUGUUUUCAAAAAGGAAUUCUUAUAAACUUUUAAAUUGGCAAGUGUGAAUUUAUGAUGGGCCAAAUAUCUCAUAAAUACCACCAUGUUUCAAAUAAAGCAUCUUUCAAAAGCACGCAAGCACCCCGGAAGUGAUUUGAUCUUGAUCAUUUUUCAAUUAUAAAAUUGAGUAGGGGCUUUGUAAUCAUGUCGGGACCUAUCAAAAGGGAGUGCUCUGAGGAAAACGCCUCAAUUGACUACAGGUGUGUACAAGUGCUACCAGACCCUUGAGGCAUGUACCUUGGUUUGCGUUUUGAUAGCGCAACCGCACAGUCCACCCUUUAAACGAAAACAGAGUCUUCAAUAGUUAUCAACUUUUUGUGCUUUUUGUUUUAAUGUUUAAGGCCCUUGUGCUUUAAAAUUUAAUUAUUUGCAAUACCAAUAUAAGUAUGUACAUGUUUGUACAUCAAACUGCAAUUCAUUUAGGGGAUGCGCUUUGUAUGAUUGUAUAAACUGUUGGGUUACAGGGGAAGUUUAGAUUUUGUAUCAAUGAACCGUAUAUGCUAGAUGUUACAGUCCCAGAAGAAAUUCAUUGUUUUCAAAUAUAUGUCGAAGAGAUUCAUAUAAGGAUUUUUUUUUUUUGUACAGCUCAAGUUCUAGUUGAGAAUUUCAAAUUGAUACUUUUAUUUGUUUUGUAAGAUAAAAUCUUGAUAGCAUUCAUAGCCAUAGCCAUUACUUUGUGUUUUAAAGAAUACUCCAUAGGUCAGUGAUUAAUCUGUGUAAAGAAUUCACCUGAUAUAUAUACAACAGAAUACAAAAUAGAAAAACAAAGGGUGUUAAGAAAUACAAGAUUUAAGGCCUAUAUCUAUUCAGAGUAUCAUAAUAAGUUCUUUUGGGGGAAAUUGUUUUACGGUAAUGGCGUUUUAUUUUCCUUCUCUGUAUUUCCAUUAAUCGUAAAUUUGUUAUGUUUAAUGUAGUUAGAUUUUGUUUGCAAUACAUUUCGAUUUUAAAAAAAUUGUAGAGGGGAAAUUAUGUUUGUAUUUUAUUUUAAAUUUUGUGUUGUUAAUUUCUCUUCCAAAAAUGCUUUUGUAGAUACAUUAGAUUAUACUAUACUAAUGUUAUUUAUUAGUUUGUACAAUGGUUAGGGACUGUCUUUAAUAGUAAUUUUUUUUAGAGCUGGUAAUGCUUAUUGACAUCCGAUAUCGGGUGAAAAGAAAUUUGUCCUACAGAUGUUGAUUUCCAAAACUGAUGUUUUCAGAGGAAAGUGAUACUAUUUUUCUGUGUGUUUUAAGGUAGGUCAAGUAAUGUGUAAGAUCAGGAUAUGUUGCAAUACAUAAAUUGUGUUGAAAACAUAUACAUGAUAGGGGAAUGAACAGUGCAAGAUGAACAUAACUCUUUUCUUGUUGUCUUACAUUAAUCACUUGAAAUUCAAGUAUGUUUAUAACUCCAAGGUCCUAUCUAUAAACUCAACAUACUUCAACCUAUAAAGCAAUUGUGAAGAUUUGACUUUCUUCCAUUUUAAGUGUAGUUGCUAUGUGUCUGUGAGGGAUAAUCAUUAUUUCUUCUUUUUCUUCAGUACGAGGGAGACACAGACAGUCUGUAGUUGCCAUGGCUAUAUGCUACUAGGCAUGUCCAAGUAUAAACGACUGUCAUGGCUUUAUGUACUUGCAGGUACACUUCAGUUUAUCAGUAUGUUUUUCAAUGAGUAAGGACUGAACUUUUUGCUGAGAAGUUUAUAGAAAUGAAUCUGACAGAAAUCCAUAUUGUUUUCAGAGAGUUUAUGCCAAAAUCUUAUUCUUUUCUGAUUGUUUCAUUUCCUUGUGAUUGCUGAAAUUCAAUAAAUUCUUUCUCUUUAAAAUUAAA